GAAUUGAUCAAAUCGCAUAUCCACAGUAUAGGUCUGUUACCAUCACCGCCGCAUGCGAACACCAAAGCACAUUCAAACCCCACUUUCAGAGAUGUUCUGGUCAAUGUGGAGCGGGUGCAGGGUACCUACAGUGCUACCAGGAGCUUUGUGCGUUUCUUCACGGAGUUGCUUAAACAGCCGCCGCGCGUGCCCUCGCGAUUGUCCAAAGUCAUCAAACCCACUGACACGGCUGAACUACUGACAAGUGAGGUGGUGCCAAAGAUGUACUUACGCAUGAG